AUGUUGAGUUUACCGGCAUGGGGUGAUACGGGCUUCAGCGGUGCAGAUACGGCUUGGAUUCUAACUGCAACGGCAUUAGUCCUGUUCAUGACAAUCCCUGGGUUGUCUCUGUUCUAUGGCGGGUUAGUUAGAACCAAAAACGUGCUCAGUGUUCUGAUGCAGUGUUUUACGAUCACCUGCAUCGUUUCCAUUUUAUGGUUGGUACUGGGUUAUUCGCUGGCGUUUAGUGAUGGUGGUUCAGCCAACGCGUUUAUUGGCGGCCUCGAAAACGUCAUGUUCGGCGCAAUUUCACAAGACACCCUGGCAGGCAGCAUUCCGGAAAGCUCUUUUGCACUGUUUCAGAUGACUUUUGCAAUUAUCACACCGGCGCUGAUUGUCGGCGGCUUUGCAGAGCGUAUCCGAUUCUCUGCCAUGGUGGUCUUCAGCGCCGCCUGGCUGUUGUUGGUUUAUGCACCCGUCUGUCACUGGGUCUGGGGUGGCGGCUGGUUGAGCGACCUUGGUGUUAUGGACUUUGCUGGUGGCACCGUUGUUCACAUUACUGCGGGUGUUGCCGCUCUUGUUGCCGCGAUCAUGCUGGGAAAGAGACGAGGAUUUCCGACCCAAGCCAUGCCGCCGCACAACAUGACCCUGACGGUCACCGGCGCAGGCAUGUUGUGGGUGGGGUGGUUUGGCUUUAAUGGGGGUAGCGCAUUGGCCGCAAACGGCGACGCCGCCAUGGCCAUGCUGGUCACUCAUGUAUCUGCGGCUGCUGGUGCAAUUACCUGGAUGGCGGCUGAGCGCCUUAAAUAUGGCAAGCCAUCAGCACUCGGCGCGGUCACAGGCAUGGUCGCCGGUCUCGGCACCAUUACCCCGGCAUCCGGCUUUGUCGGCCCCGGUGGCGCGUUGAUUAUCGGCAUCAGUGCCGGUGCGAUAUGUUUUCUGGCAACAAAUUACAUCAAACGAACGCUGAAAAUUGAUGACUCUCUCGACGUAUUCCCGGUCCACGGCGUGGGCGGAAUCCUGGGCACAAUGCUGACCGCGAUAUUCGCCAGCAAUGCUCUGGGCAUUUUCAGUGGGCAGGAAGAGAUCAACAUCGGUAGCCAGUUAGGCAUACAGGCAGUUGGCGUGAUCGCAACCCUGGCAUACACCGCUGUUGUGACCUUUGCCAUUUUGAAGUUCACGGACAUUGUAUUUGGUAAUCGUGUCGAAGACGAAGAAGAACUCGAGGGCCUCGACUUAGUCGCCGCUGCGGCGUCAACCUACCCGGUAGCGAUGAUGAGUCCUGCCUAUUUAAUGGCUUACGUGCAGAUGCCUGUGGCCAUGAGCAGCUUCAACGGGGUUAUGCCUGGUGCGCCAAUGGCUGCGGCCGGUGCAGGCCAGGGCAUGGCCGCGAGCGCCACAAGUAAUUCAAACGGCGCGGGGCAUGUGACCGCCAAUCCAACCAAUUCCACCGCUGCAGGUGCAUCCCCAUACACAUCCCCAGCUAUGGGGGGAUAUGGUGGCUACGGCGGUGUGGGAGGUUAUGCAGGCUACGCUAUGCCGGUAAUGAUGAUGGCGCCGGUUUUCCUGCAGAUGGGUUACCCCAUGGUGUUCCAGGGUUCCGUUGCACAGCCACCGGCAGCUGACCCGGUAGCAGCAGCGCCUGAUGAUGUGGAGGUGCCCACAAGUCCAACAGCUCCAGCGCCUGAGAUACAAACCGCGGCUGUGCCGGAUGCGCCUGUGAAUACUGAUGGGACGGUCAUUGAUGUCGUGCCACAGCCUGAACCGGAUAAACCAUCCGCCAGUUUGCCAGCCUUGCCGAUCAGUUCCCUACAGGCGGAUGAUUUCGCUGACUACAAGCUCAUAGAAAAGAGCAGGCAGCAGGAAACCAAUCUGAGCUUUUCACUGACCACAAAAGACGGUGAUCAGAUCACGCUCAAUUUCAGCCAGAUUGACGCCACCUCAACAAUGCGUUUUAACGGUGAAACCCUGGAUGGUGACACCAUGCGGGACAGUCGUUUUACAGAAGAGUCUGAACGCGUGGUCAACAUGGACGUGGUAGGUGACCUGUCAGACGAUGAAAAGGCCGCCAUCGACAAAGUGAUGUCUACCGUGAUCGAAGCGGUUAACUCUUUUUUCACGGGUAAAACCGGUGAUGCUGUUGCCAAGCUGAAAGCCAUGGAUUUUGACGGAGCACAGCUGGCUGAGAUGUCUUUGAAUAUGUCGCUCAGUAAAUCAGCAACGGUGUCCAAAGCGUAUCAUGAUGGCGGUGAUUAUCUGCAUGAUCUCAAAAACCGAGAUGCGGACAUUGGCCAGGCGCUUGAGUUCAUGGCCACAGAACAAAAACGUUUGAUUGACAUGGCUAAGAACAUGCUUGACGCACCAAGUGCUGCCAAAUUAGUGCGCUCGCUGGUGCCACCUAUGAUGUCUGAGCCUUUUGCCGAGCUGGCGCAACAGAUCGCUGCACCUGAACUCGAAGAUACCACCAGCGACGACAUGAUCGAUAAAGAUACAGCCGAGGCCGGGUAA